GUGAAAAAAUAUAGUUUCAGAGACAAACAAUACGUACUACGUGGUGCUGCACAUGAUUUCUUUACGGCUUAUUGUGCAUUAAAUUUUCACGUAAUUAUUUUUAGAGUUUGUAACGGCUAAAAUAAAUUUAUACAGUGCAAAAUCUGGAGAAAGAUACAAAUUUUCAAAAAGUCAUGUCAACACCAAUCCACGUUCGUAACAUUUUAGAUUUAAGUUCCGAAGAGAAGGUGAAAUUUUUAGAAUCAUUCGAUCACGUUUUCUCGGAUAUUGAUGGAGUGGUUUGGAAUGCGAGGACCAUUAUCGCAGGCAGCGGGGACGGAUUUGCUGAGCUACGUAAAGCGGGGAAAAAGAUAACUUUUAUAACUAAUAAUAGCGUGCGAACGGAAGAAGCUUGCUUGGAGAAAUUAAGAAACAACAACAUAGAAAUUGAUGCUAAUCAUCUAAUGCAUCCGGCAAAAUCUACCGUCGAGUACUUGAAAAAUAUAAAUUUCCAAGGUUUAAUAUAUAUCAUUGCCUCAGAUGCGUUCAAAUCAGUAUUAAGAAAAGAAGGUUUUCAGCUAAAAGAUGGACCAAAUGUUAUAUUAGAUGAAUCAUUUUCUCAACUAAUGCAAUAUGUUAUGGACAGAGAACCCAUUAAAGCAGUAAUCAUUGACUUUGAUUUUAAUUUAUCGUUAUGUAAAAUGAUGAAAGCGGUUCAUUAUGCACGUCAAAGUGAUUGUUUAUUAAUAGGUGGCGCCACUGAUAUUGCCUUGCCUAUAAGCAAAGAUAUGACCAUAAUGGGUGCUGGGGUGUUUGUAAAAGCUUUCGAGCAGGCAGCCAAAAGGGAAAUGUUAGUUUUCGGUAAGCCCAGCGAGGCCUUGGCCAAUGUUUUGCUGAAGCGUUAUAAUAUCGAAAAACGUGAACGCGUUCUUAUGAUCGGCGAUAUGUUAGAGCAAGAUAUACGUUUCGGUAAAACAUCUGGCUUUCAAACUCUUUUAGUUCUAAGCGGCGGUUGCUCCAUGAGUGAGCUAAGAGGAGAAAGUGAUCGAAAUGCUAUACCGGAUUAUUAUGCAAAUAGUAUGAAAGAUUUUGUUGAUUUUAUGAAAGAAUUAAAUAAAUGAAAUUAUCACUAAAAAAGA